ACCUCUCUUGCGUUAAUAAAGAUUGCUUCAUUUAUUUGAGUUUGAGUCCUAGUGGUGAAUUUCCACAACAGUAUUUAACUUAGCCUGGGUGUAUAAGUUUGGUGUGUGGUCACAUAAGAAUGAAAGGAAUUAGAAUAGCAGAAACAACACAUUUGUAGUUUCCUCCUUUUCAGAGCUUCCCAUCAGAGACGGAAAGAGUUGAUUCUGCAGCACUCUCUCAAACACACAGAUGAGCUUCGAGAUGAACUACUCUGUGAUUAUUCUGAUUCUCACUGGAGCCGUUUGCACUUCUGCAGAAAUUCAUCAUGAAAUUCACUUUAUCUACGGAUGCUUUGAGUCAAGUGAUCCUGCGGUGGGACUUGAGAUUGAUGGAGAUGAAGUCMUCUAUGGUGACUUCAAUAAAAACAGUAAUACAUGUCUAAUAGCAGAUGUAGUGUUUACAUUACCUAAAUUCAUAUCUAUUACACCAGAGGAUAAAGAAAYGGCUUGUGAAUAUGCUACCAUUAGCAGAGUUUGGUGCAAAAACUGUGUCGCAUGGGGCAAACAGUCUGAACCGAAAAUACCAAAAAUCAAAGAUGCCCCUGAGAGCACCAUCUACCCCAGGGAUGAGGUGGAACUGGGGUGGGAGAACACCCUCAUCUGCUUUGUGAAUGAUUUCUUUCCCCCGCCUGUCAAAGUCAACUGGACCAAGAAUGGAAUGGAGGUGACUGAGGGAUUAUCUCUCAGUCGUUACUAUCCUAAUAAAGAUGGAACGUUCCACCAGUUCUCCAGGCUGAGUUUCACCCCACAAAAGGAAGACGGCUACAUCUGCGCUGUGGUGCACACGGCCCUGAAGGACCCCAAAACCAGGGAAUAUAAGGUCAGUGGGUCCAGUGCUGGUCCUGGUCCUGCUGUAUUCUGUAGAGUGGGCCUCACUCUUGGGCUGCUGGGGGUGGCUACUGGAAUAUUCUUCAUCUACAAAGGAAAGAGAGCCACUGAGUCUCAGGAAAAAAGAUGGGAAGUGAGGCACUGGACUAGAGAGAUCUAGCCAUUACGAUUGAAGCAAUUAAGUGUCAUAAUCAUCACAUUACAUUCUGCACAAUAUUGAUAAAUCACAGUCAACACUGUACGCCAUUACUCACUGUUGAUUUCUGUCUAUUUGAAAAAGUGUAGAAGGUUAGUUGUAUUUUUUAGAAUAAGUAUUUUUUUUACAAUAAAAAAUAAAUAKAUUGGGAGAUA